UCUUGAAUGUCCAAAUUGGUAGUCAGCUUUUUUUUCCCGCUUACAAAACCUUCUGUAAACCAUUUAAUUUCCAGUAAGGGGUUUAUUCCUCAAUUUAUUCACGUUCGAAACAAUCAUAGUGGAAGGUUUUAAAAAAGUCCAUGUCGGGAAGUGUCCAUUUACCGCUGUUUAUUGGUGCAUGUAGACUUGCUGGGCCUACACCAGUUUUGCUGCUGUAGAGAGAUAGUCAGAGGGUUUCUUCUGUUGCUGCUGCUUAGAAAGCCUGUAAUGGGCAAGAACUCACAAAGAACACAAGUGUUUUAUUUUUGAUUGGUAUUUUGCGUUGAGGUUACUGAUUCGACUAGCACAUCAUGUUCUGGAAGUUUGAUCUACAUACAUCAUCACAUAUAGACACUCUUCUAGAGAAGGAAGAUGUCACGCUUACAGAGCUUAUGGAUGAGGAAGAUGUCUUGCAGGAAUGUAAAGCUCAGAACCACAAACUAGUAGAGUUCUUGCUGAAAUCUCAGUGCAUGGAGGAUUUGGUAACCUACAUAACACAAGAACCAUCGGAGGACAUGGAUGAGAAAGUUAGAUUCAAGUACCCAAACAUAUCAUGUGAACUCCUCACAUCAGAUGUAGCACAAAUCAAUGACAGAUUGGGAGAAGAUGAAAGCUUGCUAAUGAAACUCUAUGGGUUUCUGCAUAACAAGUCUCCUCUUAAUCCUCUACUGGCUAGUUUCUUUAGUAAGGUGCUGAGUAUUCUUAUCAGCAGGAAACCAGAACAGAUUGUGGAAUUCCUUCGGAAGAGAGAGGAUUUUGUGGACUUAAUGAUUAAACAUAUAGGGACCUCGGCUAUUAUGGAUUUGCUGCUCAGAAUGUUGACAUGCAUAGAACCCCAACAGCUUAGGCAAGAUGUUUUAAAUUGGUUAAAUGAGGAAAAAAUUAUUCAGAGGCUUGUAGACAUGAUACAGCCAUGUCAGGAUGAAGAUAGGCACUCGAAUGCAUCACAGUCAUUAUGUGAAAUCAUUCGCUUAAGCAGAGACCAGAUGUUCCAAGUACAGGGCUGUACAGAACCAGAUCCCCUGCUGGCCACACUGGAAAAACAAGAAACUGUUGCGCAGUUACUGUCCAACAUCUUUGACAAAGAGAAAAAUGAAUCUGCAAUUGUCGGUGUUAUCCAGAUACUGUUGACACUUUUUGAGACUCGAAGGCCUGCGUUUGAAGGCCAUUUGGAGAUUUGCCCACCUGGUAUGAAUCAUUCUUCAUUUUCAGUCAGUCAAAGUGUAUUAGAUGCCAUUAAGCCUAGGCUUAAACACUUUCAUGAACUGCUGCUUGAGCCUCCAAAGAAAACUGUCAUGAAAACUACCUGGGGUGUUCUGGACCCACCAGUUGGAAACACUCGGUUGAAUGUGAUCAGACUAGUAGCAAGCCUUCUACAGACAAACACACAUGCCAUAAACUUAGAGCUGAUUGAGCUGAACACGGUUGGAGUCAUAUUUGACAUGUACUUCAAAUAUAUUUGGAACAAUUUUCUUCAUAUACAAGUAGAAAUCUGUACUGCAGUGAUUUUAGCCAGCCCCCCAGCCCAAAAUGAAAGUACUGAAAUCAACAAAGACACAGAACAACAGGAAUCAGUCAGAGAAAACGACCUAGUAAAACACCUGUUUCAGAAGUGCCAGUUAACCCAGAGAAUACUUGAUGCCUGGGAUUUGAAUGAGAAGGAACAAUCAGAAGGUGGAAGGCGGAGAGGGUAUAUGGGCCACUUGACGAGAAUAGCCAAUUCUGUUGUGCAUAAUAUUGAGAAGGGGCCUAAUAGUGCACUAAUACAGCAACUUAUUGCAGAUCUCCAGGGUGAUGUGCAGGAAAGAUGGGAAGGAUUUACAUCGGGCCACUUAGCAGAAACUAACAAGAAAAACACUGUAGAUUUAGUAAAUACCCACCACAUUCGUACAUCUAGCGAUGAUGAGGUUGACUUUAAAGAAAGUGGUUUCCAUCAAGAUUCAUCUUUACAACAAGCCUUUUCUGAUUAUCAGAUGCAACAAAUGACGUCCAAUUUUAUUGACCAGUUUGGCUUCAAUGACGAGGAGUUUGCUGAUCAGGAUGAUGUCGUAGAUAUUCCCUUUGAUAGAAUAUCGGACAUCAAUUUUUCCUUGAAUACAAAUGAAGGUCCACAGGCAAACAUAGCUUUGUUUGAGGCAUGCUGUAAAGAGAGAAUCAAGCAGUUUGAAGAUGCUAGUUCUGACGAGGAAGAUAUUUGGGAAGAAAAGGAUUUUACAUUUACACCGGAAGCUGUCGUGGAACUUUUCAGGUCUGCAUCUAAAAGAGCCAGCUGCACCAGUUCUGGAAGCACCGACAGUGAAGAAAGCACAGACUCUGAAGAGGAGGAUGCUGUUAAACGGGAUCCGUUUGAGCCAAACGGCACCAGUGCAGAUGACCGAAUGGAAGUUGACAGCGUUGAAGGCUCUGGGUGGACAGCUAAUUUUGAUGAUGUACCUAUGGAUACAGGAAAUACAACCACAGCAGUAACUGCAGCAGGAGAUUCAUCUGGGUCUGAUGUAUGGGGUACAAGUGAAACAUUGCAAGGAAAAGAAUCUGGAUGGGCUAAUUUUACAGACUUUUCUUCAGAAGAAAGUCCCAAAGAUCCUUUAAGGAGUAGCUCUCCGGUGGCGAUGGAAACCAGCUCGGAGACUGCAGAUCCCCUUGGUGUGAAUGUACGAGCACAACCGCAAGAAAUAGAGAGGUGGCAAGAUGAAUCUAGGCAACUGGAAGUGUUGCCCAGUGCAAAGAUGGAAGCCAGCUCAGAUGGAGAGGAGGAAGACGACGAGGGAGGAGCAGACAGAAUAACUGAGACUGUCACCAAUGGCUCGAUGAAGGAGACAGUCAGCCUUACUGUAGAUGCCAAAACGGAAACUGCCGUUUUUAAAAGUGAGGAUGAAUUGCCUACCUCUGAAGAUUCGGUGAAAUACACAGUAACAGAGAAUACAGAGACAGAGAAGACUGUUCCUACAUCACUGCAACCGGCCAACAAUUGUCAAAAGCAGAGUUUACAGCACUUGGAAGAGAAGAUAAAAUCUCCAUCAAAUGAUAUGUUAAAUGGCCCUCUUGAUGUAACGACAAUGGAAGAAGCCAAAACAGAUCAGCGAGUUCCUUCACCAGAGGCUGCAGUUAAUGGCCCAGCAUGAUCUGUGAUGCCCAUCUUCUGCCUCAGAAGUUUCUACACAGGGGUUCUAGUAGAGUUCACUGGAAGCACACAGCCAGAGUCAGUCACUGCUGCACUAACUUCACAAGAUCAGGACCAGCAAUAUUCAUAUUAGAUUUUACAGACAGUUGUACAGAAAGUUUGAACUGUAUGAAAACUUACUCUAAUGGAUACAGAAAACCUUUUGCAUUUGUUGUAUACUAUUGUUCUUAUGGGAUGAUCUGUCUGAUCAGUAUCUUGCCACACAAGUUAAUAGUAAUGAUGCUAUAGGUAAAAUGAUUGUAUGAAUAAAGUAUUUUAUAAAAAUGUAUACAGAAACCGGACAUGUAUAACUUAAUACAGGCAUUGGAACACUUAGUGUGACCAGUUAAUUGAGCAGUUUUCAUAUGGUUUUCUCUUGCACAAAUUCCAUUAUUUCAUUUUCUUCCAAAGUAAACCAACAACUUCUAGAAAAUAGUAUUGUUAAUCCACAAAAUAUUUUGGUCUUUUUUCCUUAUAUUAAUCUGAUGAUUAGGAUAAAAGUAUAAUUUAAAAUAUUCAACAAAGGGUUUUUGCUACAGGUAUUAUUUGUAAAUGUUUAUUGUAUCCUUUAAACACAAGCAAGAUUUGAAAACCUUUUGGUAUAGUUUUUAACUAUUUAUUAUUGAAGUAGUUGAUGUGUUACAUUACUAAAAGAGCCAUAAGCUUGUUCUCUCCUGUUUUUUGUUUUUUUAAUUUAUUUUUUUAGUUUUACUGUUUUUUUUGUUUUUUUGUUUUUUUUUACAAAACUACCUGUCACCAAUGGUUUGAAAUUGCAUGCAGCUUGUGAGCAGUAAUUCAUACUUGAGGCUUGUAAUUACAAAUCACCUGAACAGUGGUGUUCCUAUUCACUGACUGACUGACUAACCUUUAGAGUACCUGGGGGGAAAAUCUAUUAUCAUAGGAACCCAAAUAUAAAUUGUAGGUGGGGUAAUAUUCCUGAUUCAGCAAUGAAUUGUCAUUGUAUUAAAUUGGAAGGAGAAGCAGUCAGUGCCAGCAUUUCUUAAAAACAAACUUUAGAGUUCAAGCGGAUUAAGUAUAUGAAUUGUUUUUCCCUGUUUUUAUUUUAUUUUUUUAUUUCUUACAUCAGCAGUUUUUUUUUUAAUUAAUAUUUUUAAAGCUCAGCCUCUGGCAGGCCACAUUGUCUAACUUGUUUUAAUUUCUUUAUGAACUGAUAAUGGUUUGAAGAACAAACAAUUACAAAAACCCAACGCUGCUGGAAGAAAUCUGCUUGGUCUCUUUUGUUUGUUUUAUUUGGUUGUAUUUUUAAUGUGUCUUGAAUGUACUGGACACAAUGCAUGCCAACAAGCCUAUUCAGAUAUGUUCAAUUCUGCCUUUGCAUUUUUUUUUGCUGCUGCCAUUCUCUAACCUAUUGCUUUUAAAUAUUAAUUUGGAUAUGAGAUUUAAAGAUAACUUCCAGAAAUACACCCUUUUUUAAAAAAAAAAAAAAAAAAAAAGUUUUUCAUUUUAAGCCCAUGCCUUGUGUGGCAUUCUUGUUUUAGUUCUGCGCUUUUGCUUAUCUCUAUUUUACCAAGUCAGACUAUUUAAAUGAUUGGUAUGGUAUACCAUUCCAAAUUAAUUGUUUUAAAUGUAGUUAUACAAAAAGUCAGAACCUACCUCUGCAAGACCACAUGGCUCUUCAAUUGUCAUUGUUUGACAAAGUUGACAGUAAAGCUUUCAGCACUCUUUUGACCUUUUACAUUGUAGCUAGAUUAGUACUUCCUUUCCACUCGGAAGCUAGCAGAAUUAAGGAAUACUGCUGAUGCUUCCCUCGCAUGGAUAAACAGGAAUUGCAUUUUUUUUUUGUUUUGUUUACAAGAACUGCCUUUUUAAGCGUAACUUGAAGACCGGAACUGGCAUCAGAAAACUGGAAGAAUUAUAUUUUAUAUUCCCUCUGCAGGUCCGUUAUGAAAAAAGAGCAACCACCAACACAUUUGGCAGUAAAAACUCCCAUUAGCAAAACAACUGCUACUAAGUUUCUUAAACCUGUUGCUGUUUUUAUUACUAAUUUUUACAAUCUUGCACUUUAAUUUCUUUUAAUGUCCACUACUGAC